GCAACCCACUCUCGAUCGACCUGCAUCCGGCAGUCCUACCUUGCUUUCUGUGGGUUGCACAGUAUCCGAGACUCCCUUCUGCGUAUGGCCUCUUUUUGCUCCCUAAACUGUCGGUGAAGGGCGGGCCAAGUGAAGAAAACCCGUCAAGUCGGCCUUCCGAUCACCGGGUCCCCUUUCCGGCCCUUGUCGUCAUCCCCCCAUGCUAUAUCCCCCUCUUAUAACCCCCCACCCCUGUUAUAUUUUUACCAUGUUCUUUGGAUAGACGUCUGUUCCCUUCUCAGUGACCAACCAACAACCCCCCCUUCCCCAUUGACAAUUGGGCCCCCUCCCCUGGCCUCGUUCGUCUUGAACAUCGUCCCAGCUUCCCAUUCCAUGGCUGCCGCUUCGUUCGGUUUAGGCGGGUGGUGGGACGUUUUGUGGCCCUGUUACAGUUGCUGCCGCAAGAUCUGGAUACCUUCAUCGGGACAAUUCAGCCCCCAAUGCCUCGGUGUCGUCGCCCACUUCCCUUUCUGGGUUGCCAUCCUGACGGUAACCCUCCGCUACGGCCUUGGUCCGGCCUGGUCUGCCUACCGGCCCAUCUGGCUGCGCAGGUUCGCCUCCGAGAAGGAUGAGCUCUCGGCCAACGUACCCGACCAAGAGUCCGGCGCGGGGCCGGCCGUCCGGAAGUGCUGGACUGCCUGGACCCUGUCUCUCCUUUUGCUGAACUUGGGCGCCGCUGCUGUGGGAGCCAUUGGUGCUUUGGCUUGGCCAGAGCACGCUCAGUUGUGCUUGACGCCUGUUGUCCCCUGCGUGAUCUCAGGUCUCAUUCUCUUGGUUGAGCGCCCUCGGACUGUCCCGGGGGCUGUGUUCGUCAUCAACACCGUCCUGUUCUUUGUGGUGACGGCCAUACUUGCGCUGAUGCCCGAUGCGCUCUCUGGCGGAUGGCCACGCGUCCUUUCCUGGGUAUCCGGAGUUGCCUUGCCCCUGGCAUCCAUCGCCCUAAUGCUCAACAUGCCCCUGAGAGACCCCUUGUUGGAUAGCACGGGUAUCGGGAAGCCGUUCGCCGAGCCAACCGCCACCCUCCGCAGCCCCGAAGACAUCAUAACUCUCUGGCAAUGGAUGUCAGUCUCUUGGAUGGGGCCUCUCAUCAAGAUCGGCUACAAGAGGCAGCUCGAAGAUGAAGACGUCUGGUUUCUCCCGUACGAGUGGCAUCACAGCAGAGUUCACGUCCUAUUUCGCGAGCUCACUGGCACCGUUUUUGUACGGUUGGUGAAGGCCAAUGGUAUCGAUCUCCUGAUCACCACGUUCCUCGGGGUCCUCGAGACAUCACUCGAACUGGCGGAUCCCGUCUUCCUCAAGCAGCUGCUCGGUGCAUUAACUUCCAAACAGCCGGACGUCCGGGCCGCCAUAGUGUAUGCCGGAAUCACCCUGUUCGCAAGGCUGGUCAAAACCCAGUCGGGCGUGUUCUCUCUGUGGUACUGCCGCCGCAACUAUGAACGGUCUCGGGGCGAACUAAUUACCAUGGUCCACGAGAAGACCCUUAGGAGAAAGGCUUUCACCAUCCCCAGCGGUCAUGACCUUCCCUCGGAACAGCCAGGAGAUCAACAAGGGGAUUCCUCGCCCACGCCGGGCAUCUCCACCUCAACCACGCUCACCGACGACGAGUCCAGCAACCACGACGACGCCGACGCCGACGCCGAGUCCACCAACUCGGAGCCCACCAAAUUCCAAAAGCUCCGAUCCCUCGUCCACCGCGGCUACAGCAGCCUCAACUCCGGAACCCCAUCCCCCACCAAACAAGACCCCCCCUUCACCCCCGCCUCAACCGGCAAGGUCCUCAACCUCCUCCGGCACGACUCGUACGAAAUCGCCCAGCGCUUCUGGGAAGCCCCGAACCUCACCACCAAGCCCCUCAACUUCCUCCUCUGCCUCUUCCUGCUCUGGCGCAUCCUGGGGCCCGCCUCGCUCGUCGGCAUCCUCAUCCUGCUCGCGGGCAUGGCGCUCAACGUGCUGCUGAUGCGGCUGCUGCUGAGCAUCGAGCGCGUGCGGCGCGACGUGACCGACGCCAAGCUGCAGCGCACCUCCCAGUUCGUCGAGGCCAUCCGCCACCUGCGCUGGUACGCCUGGCAGGACGCGUGGCUGGAUACGAUUAUGGAGAGUCGUCGGGCUGAGUUGAGGAAAAGGGUGCAGAGUAAUGUGGUGGGGAAGGCGAUUGCUAUGGUUAAUAUGACGACUGCGUAUCUGUUUCCCGUGGCUGGGUUCUGGGCGUAUACGGUGGUGAGUGGGAAGGAGUUGACGGUGGAUGUGGCGUUUCCGGCGCUGGAUUUGUUUGGGAUGUUGCAGAAUAGUCUGAGGGAGCUGCCGGAUCUGGUGACGAUCUUUUUGAACUCGAGGGUGGCGAUGGGGAGGAUUGAGGAGUUUAUGCUGGAGCCGGAGAAGGAGGAGGAUGAGGGGGAUCUGAUCGGGCUGGGCGUCGGUGGGGAUUUCGGGCCGCCCGGGGAGUUGGAGAUCGUGCUCAACGAUGCGACGUUUUCGUGGCCUGGGUCUGCGAAGAAGGUGUUGCGGGAUGUGUCCAUCACAUGCGGGCCGGGCUUGACGGUGGUCUGUGGUAAGGUCGGCAUCGGCAAGACGGCGUUGCUGCAGGCUAUUCUGGGCGAGCUGGACCAGCGGCGGGGCGACCGCAUCGUGCCGGCCGAGAUGAUCGGGUACUGCGCCCAGACGCCCUGGCUCGAGAGCAUGAGCAUUCGGCAGAAUAUCCUCUUCUCGGCCGUCUACGACAAGGCCCGGUUCGAGCAGGUCAUCGACGCCUGCUGUCUACGCGACGAUCUCAACAUGUUUCGCUGCAAGGAUCUCACGUUGAUCGGGGAGAAUGGUGUUGGGCUAUCGGGCGGUCAGAGAGCCCGUGUUGCGCUGGCUAGGGCUAUCUACAGCCAGGCCCGCAUCUUGCUGCUCGACGACCCCAUCGCGGCUCUGGACCACCAUACCGCUACCGCUAUCCUACGGAAUCUCUUUGGCGCUAAGAACUCGCCCCUGAUGGCCGGUCGGCUGGUCAUGUUUGUCACCCAUCGCGUGGACAUCGUCACGCCCUACGCCUACCAAAUCAUCGAGGUUGACAAGGGAGGUCGCGUCGAGAGCUUUGACAAGAAGGACUUGGAGAACAACGAGGAGGAACUCGAGCACCUGGCCGAGAUUGCUGAUGCCGCCACUUCCGGGGAUGACACCACGACUGCGGUGGAGGAGGACGAGCCGAUCCCUGACAAGUUCAUCGAGGACGAGCACCGUGUCCAUGGAGGUGUUCUGGCUUCUGUUUACUGGCAAUACGUCAAGGCCGGCAAGCUUCGCUGGUGGGCCACCAUGGUUGGCUUCUUCACCUUGUUCCGCAUCGUCAAGAUCGGGUACUUCUGGUUCCUCAAGGAAUGGGGCGAGCAGUACCGAGACACACCGGAGGGCGUCCACCUCGCUGGUGUAGGCGAUGGGAUGGUGUAUGUGCCGUCUGUGGUUUCCUCACAGAGCAUCAUGCAGCGGCGGACCGUGACGGAGACCGGCUGGUUCGAUCUCGGGCGUCGCCUACCCCCACCCAGCGAGGACGUCCGCCCAUGGCUCCUCGGAUUCUUCAUCUUGUCCAUGGUCCAGGUCCUCACUCAGACCAUGUCGGAUGUGGCGCUUGUGGUCAUCAUCUACAAGGCCGGCAAGAACCUCUUCGAGAGAGCCAUGCACCGAGUCACCAACGCCACCUUCAGGUUCUACGACGUGACGCCAGUUGGUCGGUUGAUGAACCGGCUGACGUCGGACAUGGGCACCAUCGACGGACAGAUCGCAGGACAGCUGAUGUCAGUAGCGUGGUACUCGCUCGGCUGGCUCUCCUCGAUGGCCGUCAUCUCCACGGCGACACCCACGUUUUUAGUCAUCAGCAUCGCCAUGACGGCCCUUUUUGUCUUCAUCUUUGACCGCUUCCUACCGACUUCGCAAUCUCUGCGCCGCCUCGAGACCGUGUCAUUGUCACCACUGUUCUCCAACUUCGGCACCCUCGUCGAAGGACUUACCACGGUGCGGGCCUUCCGCUCCGAGCCCCAUUUCCAAAACCGCAUCAUCACGAGCUGCGACGCCUUCCAAAAGAUGGACCACAUGUACUGGUGCCUGCAGACCUGGCUGCAGUUCCGCUUCGACCUGCUCUCGGCCAUCAGCACCUUCACCCUGACCCUGACCGCCAUCCUCUCGGGUCUGUCGAGCGGCACCGUCGGCUUCGUGCUCGCGUCGGCCUCCAACUUCGUGCAGUCCACCCACAACCUCUGCCGGCGCUACGGCGAGAUGCAGAUGCAGUUCGUCAGCGUCGAGCGCGUCGUCGAGCUCCUCGACCUCGACCAAGAACCCCCCGGCACCGUCCAACCCCCGGCCUCAUGGCCCCACUACGGCGACGACAUCAUCUUCGACGACGUCACGCUCCGGUACGCACCCAACCUGGACCCCGUCCUCAAGAACGUCAGCUUCACCAUCCCCGGCGGCGCCAACGUGGCCGUGACGGGCCGCACGGGGUCCGGCAAGAGCACGCUGGCGCUCAGCCUGCUCGGCACGCUGCAUCCGGACGCCGGCGCCGGCGGCGGCAGCAUCCGCAUCGGCGCGAUCGACCUCGCGGGCGUCGACAAGCACGCGCUCCGCCGCAACAUCACCUUUGUCGCGCAGGACCCCGUCCUCUUCCCGGGAACGCUGCGCGACAACCUCGACCCGCUCGGCGAGCGCGACGAGGCCGAGCGCGCCGACGUGCUGUGCCGCGCGCUGGGCGGCGUGGGCGAAAGCGAUGGCGGUGCUUCCUUCACGCUCGACAGCCGUGUUGACGGCGGCGGCAAGAACCUCUCGCAGGGCCAGCGCCAGCUGGUCGGGCUCGGCCGUGCCAUUUUGAGGCGCAGUCCGGUGGUGAUUUUGGACGAGGCGACGGCGUCGAUCGAUGCCGAGACGGCGGCGUAUAUUCAGAGGCUGUUGCGGGAGGAGCUGAAGCAUAGUACGGUGAUUACUAUUGCGCAUAAGGCGGAGGCGGUGCAGGAUUCGGAUUUUGAGGUUGUGCUGGAUCAGGGGAGGGUUUUGAGGGCGGGGCCGAGGGGGGCGAGGUUGUUGCG